AUGAAUGACAUUAAAAGUUUACGACGGACCAUAGACAAUGUUGGAUAUAUUUUAUGUCACCCAAACCUAAUUGAAAUUCUCUCUCCCUCAUCCCAAGAUACCUCUAGCGAUACGUCAAGCGUGGCUAAUCAAGGCACGAAAAGGAAAAUGAGCAGCUCGGAGGAGGUUACGUGGAUUUCUUGGUUUUGCGGGCUCCGGGGAAAUGAAUUCUUUUGUGAGGUGGACGAGGAUUAUAUUAACGAUAAAUUCAACCUGACGGGACUAAAUGAGCAGGUGCCUCACUACAGACAAGCUCUGGACAUGAUCCUAGACUUGGAGGCUGAUGAUGAUCUUGACGACAACCCAAAUCAGUCUGAUCUUGUGGAGCAAGCCUCCGAGAUCCUCUAUGGACUGAUACAUGCUCGCUACAUAUUAACAAAUAGAGGUAUUGGACAAAUGUUAGAAAAAUUCCAAGCCGGCGACUUCGGUCAUUGCCCCCGAGUGUACUGUGAAUGCCAAGCCAUGCUUCCACUAGGUCUAUCUGACGUUCCCGGCGAGGCGAUGGUGAAGCUGUACUGUCCGCGCUGCAUGGACGUGUACACGCCCAAGUCCUCGCGGCACCACCACACUGACGGCGCCUACUUCGGGACCGGCUUCCCGCACAUGGUAUUCAUGGUCCAUCCCGAGUACAGACCCAAGCGGCCCGCUUCGCAGUUCGUGCCUAGGUUGUACGGGUUCAAGAUCCACCCGCUCGCGUACCAGAUCCAACAGCAGGCGGCGGCCAACUUCAAGGCGCCGCUGCGGAGUCUCUCGUAUAACAACGGUAAACGCUAGGGCCGCGCCGCGCGCGACCGAGCGCCCACUCCCGCACACUGAUACAGAGGCUCCCUCACGCGACUACAUGCCACGUCCCGCGCUACGGAACGCACGCAGCGUCGCGCUCUGUGCCUUCCCUACCGCUCGAUAUACUCAUCUAGUUUCAUGCCGCGACCAUACAAGAACUGCCGCGCUUACUGAUACAUUAACCCUAACACUAAUCGUGGAGAUUCUAUCGAGACAGUUCUUUUAUGACGCUUCUUGUCUCGUCCGAGGAAGUUUUGUGUUCCUUCUGUUUCUAAAUCUAACUUUGACGCUUACAAUAAGCUUCAGUGUGAAGUGUUCCUAGUGGAAGUCUGGCUUACGUCGGUAGCUAUGUGUCGGACGCCAGGACGUGGCGGCGCCGGCGACUUCGCGCGUUAGCACUCGGGAGCUGAUCUGUAUCAAGUAACAUGUGAACAAACAGGUGUCUGUACUGUGGACUAAACUAGGCUCGUCUGCUAUAACCGUCGGGUCUGCUAUCGCUGUUUAACACACCGACAGAAGCAGAGGCGUUCCUAAAUAGUUGAUUACUCACACGGGCUGUUCUGUUUAUCAAUAUAACUACUACCAUGUGGCCAAUUAGUGAUAUUGUAACUCCAACAGCUGGAUACACCUCUCGAGUCGUCGUGUAAUGAGAAUUGUCUAUAAGUUGAUAAGUAUUGUAGUAAGUAAAUGCAGAGACGAGACGUAGCAAUAUGUAUGUAGCUUGCAUUCUAAUUUCAAGUAACUUUAGGGGGUUCAUGUAUUUUUAUUUUUAUAUUCGUUAUCAACCACUAGGAUGUAGGUGAUCAUUACUUGGACGCGUAUUAUUUUCAUGAGAGAUAUAAUUCAAUUUCGUUCUUUUGUACCGGUUCCAGUAAUUAUCAAUAAACGAUAAGACAACUAUUGGCCUUUUUUCUUGCUUCUCCUGCAUGUCGACCACGUCGAAUCCUCUCGCUGACCGCAUUCCGAAUGGAGUUAUAGAUACCGUGUGACACUGACCCUUGACAGCCAUCGUAGCGUCGACUAGAACUUACGGCGGAUGUAAUGUGCAAUAGCGUACGAUUGAAAUGAGUACCAUUUUAGCUAGUCACGUAAAGAUCGCUAUUACAGUAGUAGCAACGCUCUCCCAUGGACUGUUCACAUACAGUGGGCUGCUACCGGCUCCUGCUCCAAGCUCGAGUCGAGUCACAAUGUCGUUGAGACGCUUUAGGCUUGUCGCAUUGCCUGCUACGCUUGUAUACAAUUGCAAUACUAGCAAUACUAGCUGAAGAAGCUGAAGCUUCCUAGCGAGCCCAUCGCGAUGUGAAUGGCCCAUCGCAUCACGAUCCUCGGUCAAUUAACAAGAGCCUUUCUCGCACCACACCCGAUCGCUAAUCGUCGUGGACUAACAUUUUAACAGAAGAAAAUGUUUGUUUGCCGCAGAAAUGAAGACUUCGAGUAACAUUCCAAAAUGAUUAUUUAGCCAACGUGUGCGCCGCUCGCAGGGCACGUGACAGGGCAUAGCUCCCUGCUGCGGACUGAGCAAGUGACCUGGGCCGACGCCUCACUUGUACAACCUAUCUGUCUACUACGAGAAACAUUCAUUGCGAUAAUAUUUAUUAUUUAAACAAUUCAUUUACUUCCCCUAUAACAUUACAGUUAUGUUUUAAAUUCAAUAAAGUUUAUUUUUACGUUUUCUGUAUACUAUGUUUUUCAUUUAUUUUGUGUGUAAAAAUAGUUUUGACAUGAUGUUGUAAUAAAAGAGACUUUUUUAUAAACAUAGGAUUAUCAUUUAUUUGAUUUUUAUUAGUUUUAAAGUUUUGUAGCCACUACAAAGCAAAAGUAUGCCUCAGAAUAACAAAAUUUUAAGGUUCCUACCUCAAAACGUUUAAAAACUAAAAAACAAUUCAUGCUAAAACAGUAUUUUUAAAAAAGAAGAUUAUACCGCUAUUGCGCUUCGGUAAAACAGUAAUCCAACUAGCCAAAUUCAAUAGUCAAAAACUAUAAGUACUUACUCUUCCAUGAGUAUGAAACUCUAAAUUACGACGUCAUAGUAUUUUUUUUAAAUUAGCUGUGAAAUGGUAUAGUUAUUUUUAAUAUUUUAUCGUAUUUUAACGUGGAAUUAAUUUAGUUUUGACUUAAGAAACUACCCAAUUAUUUAUAGUUGAUCUGAUGAAUGCUAUGUUCAUGUUUACCUACGAUCUAAUGAAGACUUUGGACAAAGGAAAAACUUGUGAAUCAUCAAACUAAAUGUACGAAUUAUUUUGAGGUUUUAAAUUCGAACUAAG